AUGCAAUCCCUCCACACACUCCUCCUCCUCAUCUCCGCCGUAGCACUCACCCUCGGCGCACCCUCAGCCCGACCUCGAGGCACGAUCCUCCCGAACGAGUGCACGUCGGGCUGCGCCGCCGCGGUCUCCUGCCUGGCCUCAUUCCCCGAAUCCUGCCUCUGCUGGAACGCGGCGAUCGCACGGUGCGCAAAGCAGUGCAAGCAGAAGCCGGCGCCGACGCCGGAGAACUGCAGAGUCAAGCCUGCGCCUCCGCCCACAACACCACCGAAAGAUUGUUUUGCAGAGUGUCAGGGCGGACAGGCGUGUGUUCUCAUCUGGCCACAGAGCUGCUAUUGCCAGAAUGGGAUUAAUCAGAGGUGUGCGGAGAUGUGUGGUGUUAAGGGCCCGCCUGCGCAGGAGUGUCCGCCCCUGGAGGAGCCAGCGGUAGUGUAG